AUGGUCUCACUUCGCAUCCUGUCCCCCCUUCUCAAUCCUCAGCUUCUUGAAAUAUGCACAGACCCAAAUCUCAUUCGUGAGCGAGCAGAAGCAGCGAUUGCAGAUCAACCGGAGCGACUGGAGGGCAUGGCCAUUCCUAUGCCCAUCAAUGUGCUUGAUAACUUGCGUCUCUACCUCACUAACGCUCUUCAUCAUCCUGGACGUAGCAAAGCCAUCGCAGCCACUAACAAGCGCUUCAUGGUUUCGUUUGGAAUGGAGGGCGAGCCUUGUAAAGAUGCGUUAGAAUUUUUGGGAUUCACCUAUGAUAAGGAAACGGGUAGCUGGCAACCACCGCAACCAGACGCCCAGGACGAUAUUCCUUACCAAGAUCCCCUAAGCAUCUUUCUCGACGACGCAAUUAAUGAGCUUAUCGUGUUGAUACUCCAGCGGCCCGCAUCGGAAAAAAGGGGAGUCCAUUCCCCUGAUCUUUCCAAGCAGGCAAUGCAUGAUAUUCUCUACGCCCUGGAUGCACAAGAUUAUCCAAAGUCAUCCCGGACCAGCGAGUUUUCCAUGGCACCAGCUCCGUUUGUCUACCCACUUUGUUUGAACAUGGUCCAUGAUACUAAUUUUCUCAAACUUGAUAGAUUCUACGAAGAUAUUGGAGCCACAGAAGACAUGAGUGCCUCAUUGAUAGUGGAAGCAUAUCAACGCCAAGUAUCAGUAGACCCGGCGCGAGGAGCAAGGUAUUUGCAAUGUCUCAAGGCAAUUGGUACUCUACGAGGCGGGGAGGACUGGGAGAUCAUUGACCAGGCGGCUCAAGUUGCAUAUUCAGAAGGGAAAUACUCUGAAGAUGAUGUCGCGGAAGCAUACAAAUACUUUGGGCUUUGGCAGGAUGACCCUAACAUCACCGAGGACUCCAUCAUCGGAAAAUUCUACGCUUUCUUAAGUUCAACCUCACAGGAGAAAGAAACAGAAUCGCGCCAGCAGCUAUGGCGGAUUGGACAUAGCCUGGGAAAUGAGCGCAUCAAGGCGGUUUCCGAGGAUCGUGUAUCCACCGCUGAGCAGGCUCAGGUCUUCCUUGGUGUUGAGGACAAUACUCCGGACGAUUUUAUCAUCACCAUGUAUACAGCAAAGGUGAAUGACAACCCAUCCUGCAAAGAAAUGGCAAACCGAGCUGUCAGACUCAUUGCAGAGUCACGAAACUCCACUGGACUCAGCCACUUUCUUGACACUGGUGAGACCAUCGCUGGGGAAAUGGAUAUUGCGGAUGCGUAUCGUCUGCUUCAGAUCCCGGAUCGAACCGCAGAUGAUGGUGCUAUCAUGGCUGCAUACACGAUCUGUAUUGAUGAAAAUCCUGAUCAGGCUGAGAUCUACAAUCGUGCAUUGAGUAUUAUUGCCAAGGAAAUGGAAAGUCCCAUGCUUAGGAAUAUGGCGGGCAUUUCAUCUGAGCCUGAUCGAGAUUUGUCUGAAUGGCCGGUUGGUCUACAGAACAUCGGCAAUACGUGCUACCUCAACAGCCUUCUGCAGUUCUACUUUUCUGUCCUCCCAUUCCGCAAUAUGGUUCUCAACCUGGAGCGGUACCAAAUGAACCUGGAAGAUGGGAACAGCAUCAUGGAGAAGAAAGUUGGUUCCCGUAAGGUGGCUAGGAAAGAAGUCGAACGCUCACUUAAAUUCCUCGGUGAACUACGAGGGCUAUUUCAAAACAUGAUAAGCUCAUCUCAAUCCUCGGUGACCCCCGGACAGGAGUUGGCGCGACUCACUUUGAUCAGCCCAGGGAAUGAAGCGGCGAUUCGUCGUAGGUCGACCAUUUCUAAGUCUCAAAGCCUCGGCGAUAUCAACGGAAUGCCCAUUCUUGGGCCUCUCGGACCACCUCAGCCCAUCGUCGAAGAGCAGACUCAGCAAGAGCAGGCUAUUUCAGACAAAGAGGUUGUCAACGACCUGAAUUCCAGCGACUUGAGCAGUGAAGGCACUUUGGUGUCAGAAAAUGAUGUCAAUGGUCCAACAGCAGCGCCCGCCGAGAUCGAGGGGAUUAAUUCACGUUCUCCAACGAAUGUUUCGGAAUCAGAUGGGGGACGCCAAGUCGGUGAUACCACCAUCUCCCCACCGAGACCCGAAGCCCCGAACCGCCCGCCACCGGUUCCCCCGCGGCCGUUAUCAGAUACCGACCGUCAAAGGCAGCUUAUCGAGGAGGUGGAAAUUGGCGCCCAGCAGGAUGUCACAGAAGUCAUCAAUAACGUGCUCUUCCAGAGCCAGUGUGCCAUUAAGCCACGAGGUAUCGAUAGUGACGGGGAACAACUUGACCAGAUCAAAGACUUGUUUUACGGUCGAACACGGUCAUAUAUUUCCACUCAAGAUGGCAUCCGAUCCAAAGAAGAGCGAUGGUGUGACAUCAAAGUCAAUGUAGCGGGUGGCUCUCGCGACAUCUAUGCUGCGAUCGAUGGGGCCUUUGAUGCUCAAAAGAUCAGUGUCGAAAAUGGUGAAGCAGAGCAAUACGGCGCUAUUACGCACCUGCCCCCAGUUCUUCAGAUCCAAGUGCAGCGAGUUCAGUUUGACCCUGUGAAGAAAAGCUCUUUCAAGUCGACUCAUCAUCUGGAUCUCCUGCAAACUAUCUAUUUGGACCGGUACAUGGAUACUAGGCAGUCAGAUCUUGUUGAUCGCCGGCGUCAGUGUUGGGAAUGGAAGACAACUCUCAAGUCACUUGAAUCUCGCCGUGAGGAGCUUCUACGAAAGCAGGAUGGUGACAACAUUGACACUGCUCAAUUGUUCCGUGAUACCAAAACUGCUCUCGAGGAUAUUUCAUCUAUCGAAGAUGACGAUACUUUGGAGGUGAAACCGGAGCUGCUCAACGAACUGAAUCAACUUUCAGAGAUGGUUGAUACCGAGCUCAAAUUCAUCGACCAAGAGAUCGAAAGUACGCAGAAGAUGAUCUCCAACCAAUUUGUCGGCUUCCAGAAGCUGCCCUAUCGGCUGUACGCCGUCUUCGUGCACCAUGGAUCCGUCUCAUUCGGUCACUAUUGGAUUUACAUCUAUGAUUUCCGAAAGGACAUCUGGCGCAAGUAUAAUGAUGAGUACGUGACUGAGGUUCAAAACCUCGACGAGAUCUUCAAGAAUACCGACACCCAGAAUCCCCCCACCCCUUACUUCCUCGUCUAUCUCCACGAUGAAAUCAAGGAUCGCUUGGUCGAUCCCGUCUGUCGUGACAUCGUCGACCCCAUGCCCGACAUGAAUACUAUGUUCACGGAGGUCCCAACCGCCAUGGAUGUUGAGAACGCAGAUACUAUGGAGGAUAUGGAGGUUGAUCCCCCAUCCUACCAGGAGGCCGCCAGUCAAGGUGACACACCUGACAUGAUCAUCCCUGCUGCAGACGAAAAGAAGGCCCAUCUGGCCAACCUGCAAGAUGAUGCCACGUACUAG